CUAGGGCUCACUUUUUAUGCUUUCUGAUUUCUCAAUCCGGAUUUGAUCAAACUAAGGCAUGGACAUCAGGGCGCAGUUACAGGAGCGACUGACGGCGUAUGUUGAGGACACACUCGAUUACAUUGAGACCGUGAGGGACUUCUGUGACCAAGAACAAAGAUGGACGUCUGAGAGAAAGGCAGAGCUUGAGAAGAUGAGAGACAUCAGUGAAAAUCAGCAGGAGGAGAAGCUGCACGCCGUCCUCGCAGACACAUUAGAGGGGCUGGAGAAACUUGAGCCGUUCCUGGAUGCAGUGGAGAAGCUAACGGUGACCUCAAGCCAUGUCUUCAGCGGACAGAUCUUCCUGCUGCGGGGAGAGAGCCCUGAAAGAGUGCAGUCGGUCAUCGCAGAUGCCAGAAUAGAUGCUCCUGUCCUCGUCCACUUCAAAAGAAACGCAAAAACCUUCUUCCGUCCUCUACUCCAUAAUGUGAAUGUCUUGGUCUUUCAGCUAGACAGCUAUGUACUCAAAACAGAACAACUUUGUAUGAGAAUAAAACAAAAGUGAGUUCUGAAUUUCCUAUAUUUUGUAAAUGUCCUACCGUGUAAAAUGGGUCGACCUUUAGUGCAGCUCGUUCCGAACUUAAGCGAGGACACCAUGAAUCAAAUGCUUGAUCGUUUGAGCCAGUUGUCCAAAAUCAGGAUGAACCAGCACACCCGGCUGGCCUUCUUCUUUCAGGAAAAUGCUCAGAAAUUCAUUGACGUGUUCAGUGAACGUCGCUCUAGAAUGUGGCAGUUCCUGUCAGAUCUGGAGGAGACUGCAGUUAAGCUGGACACGAUGAAGAAGGACACCAGUAUAUGCACUGUGGUUGGUAGUUCAGUGGGGAUAGUAGGGGGUGCCUCGUCUAUUAUUGGACUCGCUCUUGCCCCUUUCACUGCAGGAACAUCUUUGCUAUUUUCUCUGGCAGGGCUCUGUGUGGGGUUCAUCAGUACAGGCAUUACUGUUGGAGCAGGGAUCGCUGAAAUGGUACUCAACAGUCGCCAUGAGCACAAAGCACAAAGCUAUUUAAAGAGUUACAAGGAUGAUAUGAUAAAGAUUGAAGACUGUUUGAAAGAGCAAGCCAACAGUGAAAGACCUUUAGUGCAGCCUAGUGCAGUUGAUGUUACGGACAUUUUAGACGGUUGUGGAGAUGUGCUUCAAGAGGUUGUGAAUGUGGGGGAUGGAGUUGCAGAUGUUGCAGUGCAUAAAAGUGAAAAAGCAGCUAAAGCAGUAACCGAGAUCGAACUGACGGACUUCAGUGUGGCCUGUGACGUACCGCAGGUGGCUACAAACCUGUCUAAGACUGGGGCAAAGCUGGCAAAAGCAGAAGCAUUGAUGAUCGUAAAGUGUGUACCUAAAGUUGUAUCUGGCUUCACAAAUUUAUUCUUUAUUGGCCUGGACAUCUUUUUUGUCGUCAAAGAAAGUAUAAGUCUUGCAAAAGGGAGCGAGAGCGAGUUCUCGAAGCUCGUCCACUCCAGGGCAGCUCUGUGGAAAUCUGAGCUGGAGGCCUGGGAGAACAUUCACGAUUCCUUGUGCAUAGGAAUAGAGACGAUUAGCAAGAGUCAGGAUGCUCUGGAGAAGCCAUUUCUUCCUUAG